UGCUAAUAAAAUAUUGAAUGAUUUUUAUAUUUUGUGUACAAUAAACAUGGCGGUGUUCAAGAGUAUUAUAGUUAUGUUAUUUGUUUCUUAUCAUUCAAGUAGCAGAGCAUAUCUUCAGCGGCAGAGUCAAUUCAGUGUGUCACAAAAGCCUUACGUCAGGGAAAACGAAGGUAUUUUGGAGAAACUGAGGUUUAUAAACAUUAAUAAUAUGCAUCAUGAUAAGGCGGCUAGUGUCUGGCCACUUGGUGUGAUCGCGUAUUAUUUUGAUAACAAAACAUAUGAUAGCGUCAUUGCUGAUAAUGUUAGAACAUCUAUGGAUGUGUUAGAAGAGUCUGCUUGUAUAAGAUUUGAGUUACAGUCGGAGCAACCAGCUAAUAAGACUUGGAUACAUAUAACCAAUCCAAAACGCGAAAGGGAAUGUCAACACAGUCCAACAUUCCGCGAAUCAGGUGAAAUAGUUUUGGUAUUAGGCUACGAUUGUCUAAAACCAAAUGAAAUACUUCACGCCUUGCUCCACGCAGUUGGCUUCAACGACGAAGUGACACAUCCACAAAGAGACCAAUUUGUAAAAAUAAUCUGGAGCAAUAUUCGGCCAGAAUAUCGUCACUUGUACCAUGUUGUUCGCUCUGGUGCUAAGCCGCUCUCCGAAUAUGAUCCAUUGAGUAUAAUGCAUUUCCACGACCGCGCCUUCAGCAUCAACGGGCAAGCCACUGUUCUUCCAUUGAUGUCUGGAUUGAUGAUAAAACCAUCAGAUGAACUAUCACAGUUGGACAAAAUGAAGCUAAGACUACUUUUUGAUCACGAAUGUAACAAACGUAAUGUUGAGAGUUUUGUUGAUACAUGUGUAAAAACAUUCCAAUUAGAAAAGGGGUUAUUUGAUAAUUCAGCGCAAGUGCACAGUGACGUUGAUAAGGAAGAAUUAAAUAAGGGAAGUACAUCUGAUAGUGAAAGCGAGCGAGAAAGUAACGAAAAAGUACCUGAUAGUGAAAAUAAACACAAAAAUAAUGUAAGUAUACCUGGUGAAAACGAGCAAGAAAAUGACGAAAAUUUAUCUUAUGAUGAAGAAGAGCACGAAAAUGAUGAGAAAGUCCUCGAUAGUGAAACCGAGGAAGAAGAUAAUGGAAAAGUAGCUGAUGGUGAAAAGGAGAAAGGAAAUAAUAAAGAAGGACCUGAUACUGAUAUCAAACCAGAAAAUAAUGAAAAAAUAUCUGAUGCUGAAAACGUACCUGAGAAUAAACUAUAGAAAAAUAAAGGAAU